GCUCACUAGGCGGCGCUGCGGCGGCCGCGGCCCCGCUGCUCCCGGGCUGUCGCGGGCUGUGGGGCUGUUGGGGCUGGCGGCGGCGGCGGCGGCUCGUGGCCAUGGAGUGGGUUUCGGAGUCGGCGACCGUGAGGCGGCACCGCGUCGGAGGCGAGCGCCGGGACGGCCCGGCCGCCGCGCCGCCGCUGCCGGAGCGGGAGGCCCGGGCGCCGGAGAGCCUGGCGGACGCGCGCGGCGGCGGCGGCGGCGGGAGGACGCGGAAGCGCAGCGGGGCGGGCGGCGGCGGCGGCGGGAGCGGGGCUGCGCGGAGCGGGCUGUCCGAGGCGCGCGCCGCGCUGGGGCUGGCGCUCUACCUGCUCGCGCUGCGGACGCUCGUGCAGCUGUCGCUGCAGCAGCUCGUGCUGCGCGGGGCCCCGGGCCACCCGCGGGAGUUCGACGCGCGCCAAGCCAGGGAUCAUCUUGAACACAUAACAUCCAUUGGCCCCAGGACAACAGGGAGUCCAGAAAAUGAAAUUCUGACCGUGCGUUACCUCUUGGAACAGAUUAAACUGAUUGAAGUUCAAAGCAACAGUCUUCACAAGAUUUCAGUAGAUGUUCAGCGGCCCACAGGCUCCUUCAGCAUUGACUUUUUGGGAGGUUUUACAAGCUACUAUGACAACAUCACCAACGUGGUGGUCAAGCUGGAACCCAGAGAGGGAGCCCAGCACGCUGUUCUGGCUAAUUGUCACUUUGACUCUGUGGCAAACUCACCAGGUGCCAGUGAUGAUGCUGUUAGCUGUUCGGUGAUGCUGGAAGUCCUCCAUGUCUUGUCAACAUCUUCAGAAGCCUUGCAUCAUGCUGUCAUCUUUCUCUUUAAUGGUGCUGAGGAAAAUGUUUUGCAGGCCAGUCAUGGUUUCAUUACGCAGCACUCCUGGGCCAACUCAAUUCGUGCAUUUAUUAACCUGGAGGCAGCAGGAGUAGGAGGGAAAGAACUUGUAUUCCAAACAGGUCCUGAAAAUCCUUGGUUGGUCCAAGCGUACGUUUCCACAGCCAAACAUCCUUUUGCGUCUGUGGUGGCUCAGGAAGUUUUCCAGAGUGGCAUCAUUCCUUCAGACACCGACUUCCGCAUCUACAGGGACUUUGGGAACAUUCCAGGAAUAGACUUAGCUUUUAUUGAAAAUGGAUACAUUUAUCACACCAAGUACGACACAGCGGACAGAAUUCUAACAGAUUCCAUUCAGAGAGCAGGUGACAACAUUUUAGCAGUUCUUAAGUAUCUAGCUACAUCUGAUGUGUUGGUUUCUUCCUCUAAGUACCGGCAUGGGAACAUGGUCUUCUUUGAUGUGCUCGGCCUGUUUGUCAUUGCCUAUCCCUCCCGGGUCGGCUCCAUCAUUAACUGCAUGGUGCUGGCGGCUGCUGUCCUGUACCUGGGCAAAAAGUUGUUGCAGCCCAAACACAACACAGCUAACUACCCGAAGGACUUCUUCUGUGGACUUGGCAUCACCGUGAUGGGCUGGUUCACCAGCCUGGUGACCGUCCUCAUCAUAGCCGUGUUCAUCUCUCUGAUCGGACAGUCUCUUUCAUGGUACAACCACUUCUAUGUCUCCGUUUGUCUUUACGGAACUGCUGCUGCAGCCAAAAUAAUAUUCAUACACACCCUCGCAAAAAGAUUUUAUUAUGUGAACGCCAGUGACCAGUAUCUGGGAGAAGUAUUCUUUGACAUCGCGCUGUUUGUGAACUGCGGCACGCUCACAGCGCUCAUUUACGGAGGACUCUGCUCGGCCUUCAUCAGUGCCGUGUGGGUGGCGUUUCCGCUGCUCACCAAGUUUUGCGUGCACAGGGACUUCCGGCAGCGCGGUGCCCGAGGAAAGUUCAUUGCCUUUUACCUCCUGGGGAUGUUUGUCCCUUACCUUUACGCAUUAUACCUCAUCUGGGCCGUGUUUGAGAUGUUCACCCCGAUCCUCGGGCGGAGUGGCUCCGAAAUCCCACCCGACGUUGUGCUGGCUUCCAUCCUGGCCGGCUGUACCAUGAUUCUCUCCUCGUAUUUUAUUAACUUCAUCUACCUUGCCAAAAGCACCCAGAAAACCAUGCUCUCUCUCGCUCUGGUGUGUGCGGUCACAUUCCUGCUUGUUUGCAGUGGAACUUUCUUCCCGUACAGCUCCGACCCCGCCAGCCCGAAGCCGAAGAGGGUGUUUCUCCAGCAUAUGACAAGGACAUUUCAUGACUUGGAUGGAAAAGUCGUUAAACGGGACUCCGGAAUAUGGAUCAAUGGGUUUGAUUACACGGGAAUGUCUCACAUCACCCCUCACGUCCCCGAGAUCAACGACACCAUCCGGGCGCCCUGCGAGGAGAAGGCGCCCCUCUGCGGCUUCCCCUGGUACCUCCCCGUGCACUUCCUCAUCAGGAAAAACUGGUAUCUGCCCGCCUCAGAGGUUGCUCCCGGAGAACCCGUUCACUUCAGACUUCUAUCCAAAGAGCAGACCCCCUGGGAUUCUGUGAAGCUGACCUUUGAAGCAUCAGGACCAAGCCACAUGUCACUGUAUGUCCGACCCCACAAAGGGUCCACGCUGUCUCAGUGGUCUCUCGGCAAUGGCACCCCAGUCACAAGUAAAGGAGGCGACUACUUCGUCUUUUACUCCCAUGGACUCCAAGCCUCCGCGUGGCAGUUCUGGAUAGAAGUGCAGGUCCGGGAGGAGCAGCCCGAGGGGGCCGUCACGGUGGCCAUUGCUGCCCACUAUUUUUCUGGGGAAGACAAGCGGUCCUCCCAGCUGGACGCUCUGAAAGAGAAGUUCCCAGACUGGACGUUCCCUUCUGCCUGGGUGUGCACCUACGACCUCUAUGCGUUUUAACCUUGUGAAUGAGCUCCGCGUAAACGCCCCGAGGGACCCCGCAGGCGACAGGGCCUCUCCUUAUGCUACACGGACAUUUGUAAUGUAAGCCAGUGAAUUUUAGUAAGUUUUGGGGGGGGGCAGUGACACAAGGCCUUUUUAAAACUUGAAAAUGCCAGCUCUCUGGCGCCCAAGCACACGUGGGUACUACCACUGCACUAACAUGUCAUUUUAUGAGACUCACGGACAAAAGCCAACAGACCACUGCGACAGCUGUCCCCCGAGGGUCCCGACAGAUGCGGAAAGUACUUCAACACCAUCGUUAAUGAGACACACGACAUUUCCAAUGAGGGUCCAAGACCACUGGCUGUGUCAUGGAUGGUGGGUAAAUUGCCAGUCAGCGGAGUAAUGGUUCCCUGGAGGCCUACCGUAGGUCACUAGGAAACUAUUACAAAAGGAAGGACGGGAAGCAGCAUGGGGCUUUUGAGACGCCAGCCUGAGCGGGGCGAAGUGCUUCAGGCAGCUUCCAGCGUGUGCUGGAGCCCGGGACCCCCGGUGUGGAAGCCGGCAUUCAGCUGGUGGCUCCUAGCUACUGAGGGGUGGUCAGUGCAGUCCAUGUUGCAAUGCCAGUUUUCCUCUGAAACAUUGGCCGCCCCCUCCACCUUACCGGUUCUCUGCCCCCGUUCUCACGGUCCAGAAUGUCAGUUGUUUGUGCAAGUACAGGACUUGCACUUCCUGCUUCAGAGCCGGUUGCCAUAGCGGCUGUUCUGGGGGGAGGGAGGUGGGUGGGUAAUAGUGACUGAGCAUUGUAUACAUACUUAUUCUCUUUGUUUUGUAGAAGGGAAUUUUCCAAGGUUAAUCCUUAAGGGCGUAAUUUUAUUGAUGCAUGGGGUCCUUAUUUUUGUCUGUUUUCUAACCAGCUGAACAGAUUGCUUUCUCAGUAACUUACUGUCCAGCAGAACUGGCUUCCCUGUAGCUGUUGGGGUUCAGACCCUCCUACAUAAUGGCAACCCUAGGACUUCAGAGGUGCUUUUUGUUUUGAAGAAGGUGGCUUGUGAGCAUAUCACAGCAGUGCCCCUGGCGUCAGCAGUGGAAGGGCUUGGUGAGAUCACUAAUUUUGCUAGCUUUCUUUUUUCUGUUAAGAUGUAAAAAGUCGGAUAAAUUCUAACUAAGCAACUCCCCUCUCCCCCCCUGAAAAAAAUUUCUUUUUAAAGCCACAGUAAAAAUUGGCACUUGGACCCAUUUGAACAGAGAGUAAGUAUGUAUCACGGGAGGAAAUUCUUAUUGUGCGAUACACGAUAUCAUUUCUAAUCAUGCUCCUCAUAUCGCCUGCCUGAUUUGUGGCUCUUAAAAACUCACUGGACCCACACAAACAGGGCUGCAGCCAGAGCUGAGUGAUGACAUGCUGGCUGUGACAUGCAUGGACACUGGAGUCGUUGCUUUUUUUUUUUUUUUACUUUGUAGAAUCCACGUAUUAUUAGCCUCAAGUGCCUGACUCCUGCCACAUUUAUGUCAGGCGGGUGGUAAUAAACUUGUGUUUAUAGCUUGUAUGGAAUCACAGUUGUGGAGGAAAAGUUAGAAACUUAAUAGCUCAAUGAAAUACAGUCAGUCCUCCAUAUUUGUAGGUUCCACAGAUGGAAAAUAUGCAGGGAAAAAAGUUAUUGUUGACAUGGACUAAGUUGUUAGGCCUACAAUAGUUGUGUCAGUAGUAAACAUGUAGACUUUUUUUCCUUAAAAAUACAGUAUAACAACUACUUACAUUGUAUUAGAUAUUACCAGUAUAAGUAAUGUAGAGAUGAUUUAAAGUAUAUGGGAGGAUGGACGUAGGCUAUAUGCAAAUACUAUGCUGUUUUAUAAAUGGGUGGUUUAACACACCAUCCCACCUGGGUUCUAAGGGAUGACUGUACAACAAACAUAUUUUUGUGAGUAAUCUGAAAUUGUUUUUAGGGGGGGGGGGGAGAAAGGUAAAAGCCCAAAUGUGUUACUUGUGAUCAGUUUUCUUUGGGAAGGAUGUUGUUACUCCUUUUUUCAGUAACAAUCAUGGUUUUCUUUUUGCCCUUGAAUUGUACCUUCAUAUGUAAACAAUUAUGUUUAGGCUUUAAUAUUAUAAAGCUUUCAUAUUAUGCAAGGUUGGUAACAAAUCUUUGGGAUGCUUAAUAUGCUGGGAUAUUGACUUAAUGGCAGAAAUGGUUAAAUCUGAUAUUCAUGGCUCUGUUAAUAAGCACACCACUGUUAGAUGAAGCUCUCUGAAAUUAAAGAAUGUUUUCUUUUU